CUCAACUCUCACGCCUCUCUCUCUCUAUCGCCGGCAGCUGAUCUCGCAGUCUGCAAUUCUGUUUCCCAAAGACAGAGAGGUCUCUCUACUUUGAGUUGCAUUGCUUCUGAGCAGAAAAGUGUCCUCACUUUCCUCCAUGGCCAACAAUCCUUCACAGCUCCUCCCGUCAGAGUUGAUUGACCGUUGUAUAGGUUCGAAAAUCUGGGUUAUAAUGAAGGGAGACAAGGAGCUUGUCGGUACUCUUAGGGGCUUCGAUGUGUAUGUCAACAUGGUCCUCGAGGAUGUCACUGAGUAUGAAAUCACUUCUGAAGGACGAAGGAUAACAAAGCUUGAUCAGAUUUUGCUUAACGGAAACAACAUAGCUAUCUUAGUCCCUGGUGGCUCCCCUGAUCUGGAAUGAGUUGGAUUCAUCCUCUAACCUCAGUGGUAGAUUAUGUAGUUACUUUAGUUGUUGGAAAUCCCAUCAGCAACAUCAUUUGAUUUUAUAACCCUCUUUUUUCGGGUUUAUGAAUCUGCAACCUUAGUUAAAUGAGCUCUAAUUAAAUUGAGCUGAUGUAUGAAUGUCUGAUGCAAAUAGCCCAACGGAUGGUGCAUGAUCACAUCACCUUAUUAUCCAAUAUCUAUGUUUUGCUCAACUAGAGGGCAUGGCAGUUGUUUUUUUGCUUGGUGCAAGUUGUUCCUAGGAUUCAUCUUCAGGUACAUUGUCAUUGAAGAACCUGCCUUGGCUUGUUUUA